CCUGCUGCUGCUGGCCGCCGCUUCGGUGCUUGGCGCGGCUUUGGAGGCGGGGGUUAUGGAAGAGUUAGAUGACUCGUUUAAAGACAAUCGAAAAGAUGACAUCUGGCUUGUAGAUUUUUAUGCGCCGUGGUGUGGCCAUUGCAAAAAAUUGGAACCCAUUUGGAAUGAAGUCGGUUUGGAGAUGAGAAGCAUUGGAUCGCCUGUUAAAGUUGGAAAGAUGGAUGCUACUUCCUAUUCUAGUGUUGCUUCGGAAUUUGGAGUUCGAGGAUAUCCAACAAUCAAGCUCCUAAAGGGAGAUUUGGCAUAUAACUACAGAGGGCCCAGAACCAAAGAUGACAUCAUUGAGUUUGCUAACAGAGUGUCUGGGCCUCUAAUCCGGCUCCUCCCAAGCCAGCUGAUGUUUGAGCAUGUGCAAAAGAGGCAUCGUGUGUUUUUUGUUUAUAUUGGGGGAGAAUCACCUCUAAAGGAAAAGUAUAUAGAAGUGGCUUCGGAAUUAAUUGUCUAUACAUACUUCUUUUCUGCAUCAGAAGAUGCUGUACCUGAGUAUAUAACAGUCAACGAGAUGCCCGCUGUGCUUGUUUUCAAAGAUGAAACCUAUUUUGUGUAUGAUGAGUAUGAAGAUGGCGAUCUUUUAUCAUGGAUAAACAAGGAAAGAUUUCAAAAUUAUCUUACCGUGGAUGGAUUUACCUUGUACGAACUUGGAGACACAGGAAAGCUCGUGGCUAUCGCAGUCAUCGACGACAAGAACUUGUCUGUUGAGCAUACCAGAUUAAAAUCGGUUAUUCAGGAAGUUGCUAAAGAUUACAGAGACCAUUUUCAUAGAAGCUUUCAGUUUGGCCAUAUGGAUGGGAGUGACUACAUAAAUAGCUUGCUGAUGGAUGAAUUGACAGUCCCCACUGUAGUGGUACUGAACACUUCCAAUCAGCAGUACUUUCUGCCGGGAAGAAACAUCGAGAGCACCGAAGACAUGGUCCAGUUCAUCAAUAACAUAUUGGAUGGCACAGUUGAAGCACAAGGAGGUGAUGGAAUUUUUCAAAGGUUCAAAAGAGUUAUAUAUGAUGCCAAGUCUACAGUAGUGUCUGUAUUCAAGAGCUCCCCCCUCUUGGGCUGCUUUCUCUUCGGCCUCCCCUUGGGGGUCAUCAGCAUCAUGUGUUACGGAAUCUACACGGCCGACCCCGACGGAGGAGGAGGGCGAGAGAUGCACACUCAGAUGCGCUCCAGGGAACCACAACCCAGGGAAUUGAUGGAGGAGGAGGCGGAGGAAGACCGAGAGGACGAAGACAAAGAGAAUUCUCCGGAACCUUCAGACGACGAGCAGGCACCGAAAGACCGACUGGAAAAGAAAAAAGACUGAGCUGUAGAUAGGGGUAGUGGAUUGGAUAGGUUUUCAAAGGAAAGAAACUUAUUUAUUGAAUUCAGCCAUUUAACCAUGAUCUUUGCGGAAGAGAACAUCUGACCCCGUACUAGGAUAAUAACGGUCGCGCGGACAGAAGUCUUCCCUUAUUUUGAGGGUGGGGUGGGUGGGUGGGUGGGUCAGCGGAAGAUGAAUAUCUAUCUUUGAUACAGAAUACUUUAUACUGGAAGAGAAGAGAUUACUCCGCAUUUUCCUCUCUCUGAAUUGUGCCUGACGGGGAGGGUAAUUGGCUUGAGCCAGGGAGGAGGCCGUCGGGUGCCUUAUUUUCCUUUAAGAAAAAUGGCAUCCUUCGAGGCCGUUUAGGAAAAGAUUGAGGAGGCCAAAUUUAAAACAUGCUCUUUUGAAGAGAGCACCUCUUUAAACCUUACUCACUCAACAUAUCGAUCUUGUUAUGUUAGGUAAGGUAUUGUUUGAAGGCGAGGAAAAGCAAACUAACAGAUGCUUACUUACGAUUUUGCAAUAUUGAAAUAAAGGGCCAAUUCAAAGUAAAUGCUAAAGCCUACCCCUACCUUCCCCCUUUCCCACCCCUCCUCCUCAACACAUUCAAAAGAAAAAUCGCUAGAUCUUA